AUGGUUACUCGACUAAGGGGUGGUGUCACUAAACCUGUAACCAAACUCAACCUUCUUGCUACAAGACAUCCGAUUCCUCAAGCCUUACUUGCCACCAUUAAGGACAAAGAGGAAGAACCAACUUCAUAUACAUUGGCCAGUAAAGACCCCAAAUGGCGUGCAGCCAUGAAUGAUGAGUUCGAUGCUCUAAUGCGCAAUGGGACAUGGAAAUUGAUCCCUCCAAAUCCCUCCCUUAAUAUUGUUGGUAACAAGUGGGUUUUUCGCAUUAAGAGAAAUGCUGAUGGGUCAAUUUCCCGUUAUAGAGCCUGA